GGUGUGGGGCGCUGGGGCCGGCCGGGAACGGGGGCCAGAGAGACAAGGGGAAGGGGCGACGCCCCGCCGCCCGAGUUUCCCCCUUUGCAGGGUGAGGAUGGUUUUUACACAACCUGGAGUUCUUUAGUUGAAAGGUGCGCUUUGUUGAAACAAGGCAUUCUGAUUUGCUGUCGUUUUACAGCAUGGGCACCAAAUUGCUAAAAACCUGCUGUGGGACUGCCAAUGAAUUGAUCUUUUGCAGUUUUACUACAAACUCCGUAGUUCCCGUUUUUUCGAGUUAAUAUUUUGGAGUGAAUAUCACAAUGAGUUCAGGCUUAUGGAGCCAAGAAAAAGUUACUUCACCCUACUGGGAAGAGCGGAUUUUUUAUUUACUUCUUCAAGAAUGUAGUGUUACAGACAAACAGACACAAAAGCUCCUUAAAGUACCAAAGGGGAGUAUAGGGCAGUAUAUCCAAGACCGUUCCGUGGGCCAUUCGAGGAUUCCCUCCGCAAAAGGCAAGAAAAAUCAGAUCGGAUUAAAAAUUCUAGAGCAGCCACACGCAGUUCUGUUUGUUGAUGAAAAGGAUGUGGUAGAAAUAAGUGAAAAAUUCACAGAGUUACUUUUGGCAAUCACCAAUUGCGAGGAGAGGCUCAGCCUGUUUAAAGACAGGAGCAGACUAAGUAAAGGCCUCCAAAUAGAUGUGGGUUGCACGGUGAGAGUGCAGCUGAGAUCUGGGGAAGAGAAGUUUCCUGGAGUCGUGCGCUUCCGAGGACCCUUGUUAGCGGAGAGGACAGUGUCAGGGAUCUUCUUCGGAGUCGAGUUACUGGAUGAAGGUCGGGGCCAAGGUUUCACUGAUGGGGUAUACCAAGGGAAGCAGCUGUUUCAGUGUGAUGAAGACUGUGGCGUGUUUGUUGCGUUGGACAAGCUAGAACUCCUAGAAGACGAUGACAAUGGAUUGGAAAGCGACUACGCGGGUCCAGUGGACACGGGGCAGGUGGAGCUUCCCCCCCUGGAAAUAAACUCCAGAGUUUCUCUGAAGCUUGGAGAAACUAUAGAAUCUGGAACAGUUAUAUUCUGUGAUGUUUUGCCAGGAAAAGAAAGCUUAGGAUAUUUUGUUGGUGUGGACAUGGAUAAUCCUAUUGGCAACUGGGAUGGAAGAUUUGAUGGAGUACAGCUUUGUAGUUUUGCAAGUGUUGAAAGUACAAUUCUCUUGCAUAUCAAUGAUAUCAUCCCAGAUAGCGUGACACAGGAGAGGAGGCCUCCCAAACUUGCCUUUAUGUCAAGAGGUGUUGGGGACAAAGGUUCAUCCAGUCACAAUAAACCAAAGGUUACAGGAUCUACCUCAGACCCUGGAAAUAGAAACAGAUCUGAAUUAUUUUAUACCUUAAAUGGGUCUUCUGUUGACUCACAACCACAAUCCAAAUCAAAAAAUACAUGGUACAUCGACGAAGUUGCUGAAGACCCAGCAAAAUCGCUCACAGAGCUAUCUCCAGAAUUCGGACAAGCUUCGCCACCCCUGCAACCUCCUUCCAUGAACUCGUUAUCCAGUGAAAACCGAUUUCACUCCUUACCGUUCAGUCUGACAAAGAUGCCCAAUACCAAUGGAAGUAUUGGCCACAGCCCGCUCUCUCUGUCGGUUCAAUCUGUGAUGGGGGAGCUAAACAACGCACCUGUCCAGGAGAGCCCCCCCUUGGCCGUGUCUUCCAGUAACUCGCAUGGUCUGGAGGUGGGCUCCCUGGCAGAAGUGAAGGAGAACCCCCCUUUCUAUGGGGUGAUCCGUUGGAUUGGUCAGCCCCCCGGACUCAAUGAAGUACUAGCCGGACUGGAACUGGAAGACGAGUGUGCGGGCUGUACAGACGGGACCUUCAAGGGCGUUCGCUACUUCACCUGCGCCCUGAAGAAGGCGCUGUUUGUCAAACUGAAGAGCUGCCGGCCCGACUCUCGGUUUGCAUCGCUGCAGCCCGUUUCCAAUCAGAUCGAACGCUGUAACUCCUUAGCCUUUGGAGGCUACUUAAGUGAAGUAGUAGAAGAAAAUACUCCACCAAAGAUGGAAAAAGAAGGUUUAGAUAUAAUGAUUGGAAAGAAGAAAGGGAUCCAGGGCCAUUACAACUCCUGCUACUUGGACUCGACCUUAUUCUGCUUGUUUGCUUUUAGUUCUGUUCUGGACACUGUGCUACUGAGACCCAAAGAAAAGAACGAUGUAGAAUAUUACAGUGAGACCCAAGCACUACUGAGGACAGAAAUUGUUAAUCCUCUGAGAAUAUAUGGAUAUGUGUGUGCAACAAAGAUUAUGAAACUGAGGAAAAUACUUGAAAAAGUUGAGGCUGCAUCAGGAUUUACCUCUGAAGAAAAAGAUCCUGAAGAAUUCUUGAAUAUCUUGUUUCAUCAUAUUUUAAGGGUGGAACCAUUGUUAAAAAUCAGGUCAGCAGGCCAAAAAGCACAAGAUAGUUACUUCUAUCAAAUUUUUAUGGAAAAAAACGAGAAAGUUGGAGUUCCUACAAUUCAGCAGUUGUUAGAAUGGUCUUUUAUCAACAGUAACCUGAAAUUUGCAGAGGCACCAUCAUGUCUGAUUAUUCAGAUGCCUCGGUUUGGAAAAGACUUUAAACUAUUUAAAAAAAUUUUUCCUUCUCUGGAAUUAAAUAUCACAGAUUUACUUGAAGAUACCCCUAGGCAGUGCCGGAUAUGUGGCGGGCUGGCAAUGUACGAGUGUAGAGAAUGCUAUGAUGAUCCUGACAUCUCAGCUGGAAAAAUCAAACAGUUUUGUAAAACCUGCAACACUCAAGUCCACCUUCAUCCCAAGAGACUGAAUCACAAAUAUAACCCAGUGUCACUUCCCAAAGAUUUGCCCGACUGGGACUGGAGACAUGGCUGCAUCCCUUGCCAGAAGAUGGAGUUAUUCGCUGUUCUCUGCAUAGAAACAAGCCACUAUGUUGCUUUUGUGAAGUACGGGAAAGACGACUCUGCCUGGCUCUUCUUUGACAGCAUGGCCGACCGGGAUGGUGGUCAGAACGGCUUCAACAUUCCUCAGGUCACCCCGUGCCCGGAAGUGGGGGAGUACUUGAAAAUGUCCCCAGAAGACCUGCACUCCUUGGACUCCAGAAGGAUCCAGGGCUGUGCUCGAAGACUGCUCUGCGAUGCGUACAUGUGCAUGUACCAGAGCCUCAGCAUGAGCCUGUACAAAUGAGGGGGCGUCCGUGCAGGCGCCUCACAGUGCGUAGGUGGAAUGUUGGAUUUCCUGCGAGCUGGCAGCUCUGUGCACGGUCCAUUGCCGGCAAUGGACACCUUUGUGGUGAUGACCCUUCAGAAGAGAAUUCCUGUGUUUCAAAACAAAUUGCUUUUGUGUUACUGAAGUAUUUAAUAAGAAGCAUUUUGCACUCUAGAAAGUAUGUUUGUGUUGGUUUUUUAAGGAGUCACAAGUUAUUAAUGACUGAAGCUUUAAGUUAAGUGCAUUGAUCAUAUGAUAUUUUUGGAAGCAUAAAAUUUUAAUUGUGAGAGUUUAAACCCUCUUUUAGUCCAUUGAGGAUGUAAAUAAAUGUGUGUUCUUUAUGGACCAAGAA